AUGUCCCACAAGGUGAAUAACAAGCCUUCGAUGUUCUCGUUGAUUUCCUCAAACGGCACACCGGGGGCAACCACCAUUCGGCAAGCUAAUGCUGGCCAUCGUUAUGUCUCACGUACAGUUUCCAGACCUGGAUAUUAUUCUCCGGGUCUCCUAUCAAGACCAAAUAGGCGGUCCUCGGUUUAUUUGAGGCGGAUGACCAUCAACCGGAACGAGGCCCGUGCAAUGAAGGGCUAUUUUUCCGAGUGUGCCUCCAUGAGCACUUCCGAAAAUGGUUCCAUGCAUGAAAGUUCUCCCUUGGGCCAAUCACAAGCCUCUCCUGCACCUGCAGCUGCCCCGGAUCCUUCCAAAAUUUCCCUAACUGGAUGCCCUGAAGAGACUUCCAGGGAGGUUACCCCUUUUGGUCGCGAUCCCGCUCAAAAUAGCCCCCUUGGUUCCCCUUCCAGGAACCCACACCUCAGAAAUCCAUUCAGUCCUUCGAGAAAUGUGGAAAACUCCGAAGUUAACACUUCCCUCCGCUUGCAGCGCCUGCGUGAGGAAAUGGCACACAACGAUCUCUGUGCUUACGUAAUUCCGUCAGAGGACGCCCACCAAUCAGAGUACACGUCUCCUGUUGACCAGCGAAGAGCAUUCAUUAGCGGAUUCAGCGGUUCCGCAGGUGUUGCCGUGGUUACCCGGGAUCUCUCGUGUAUGAAUGACGUUCCAGAAGGUUCCUGUGCACUUUCAACCGAUGGGCGUUACUUCACGCAGGCAUCGCAUGAGUUGGACUACAAUUGGCGUCUAUUGAGACAAGGAGUCAAAGAUGAGCCUACGUGGCAAGAAUGGGUGAUUACAGAUGCGAUUCAGCAGUCUUUGGACACGGGGAAGGUGGCCAAGAUUGGGUUUGAUCCAAAGCUAGUUACUUAUGGUGAAAUACAGGGCAUCAAGAAGCUUUGUGGGGAGCUUGUAGAGUCCAGAAGAGCAUCCACCGGCAAAAAAAUAGAUGUGGAGGUUGUGGCAGUGAGAGAAAACCUCGUGGAUGCCAUUUGGAACGAUUUCGAGAUCAAGCCCGAGCGUGAGUUUAAACCUGUGCUUCAAUUACCGCCGAAAUAUUCCGGAGAACCAACAAACUGUAAGAUCAACCGGAUGAGAGAGAAGUACUUCCUCAAAUAUGGAUGCAACAUGUUGAUUUUGAACGCCCUGGACGAGAUAUGCUAUCUUCUCAACAUGCGGGGUGACGAUAUUGAGUACAACCCGCUUUUCUACAGUUACUUGAUCGUCAGAGAGAACUCUAUAUCGCUAUACACGGAAAAACCAGAGAGGUUUAAGAAGUACCAAGACUACUUGGAGAUGACAAACUGCGAGCUCAAGGGUUAUGAUGAUAUAUGGGUGGACAUCAGGAAGGCAAGUGGUGAAUUAUUUGAGAAUCACCAGCGGAUACUUAUCACGAAGGCUGCCUCCUGGAGAAUGGUGAAUUGCAUACUGGCGAAAAACUUUGUAGUGGCCCCAAACUCGCCCGUUCAGGAAAUGAAGGAAGUUAAGAACAUGACGGAGCUUUCUGGCCAAAGAAGAUCCCAGAUCAAGGAUGGUUUUGCACUCAUCAGGUAUUUCUCGUGGCUGGAAAAGAAGUUGACCAAAGAUCACGAGUUUAUUAACGAGUAUGAGGCUGGACUUCAGCUUUUGGAGUACAGAAAGCAGUUGGAGAAUUUCCGCGGCCUCUCGUUUGAAACUAUUUCUUCCACCGGAAGUAACGGUGCCAUCAUACAUUACGCACCGAAAAAAGAUGACUGUGCCAUUAUCAAUCCAAACAAAUUGUACUUGUGUGAUUCCGGUUCCCAAUUCCUUGAAGGCACCACAGAUACAACAAGAACGCUUCAUUUUGGAACUCCGACUGAGGAAGAGCGUGUAAACUACACGUUGGUGUUGAAAGGACAAAUUGCACUUGCUGAGCUCAAGUUCCCAGAAGGAUUGACCGGGUUCCAAAUAGACUGUAUAGCCAGGCAGUUUUUGUGGCAACAUGGUCUUGAUUAUGCACACGGAACAGGUCAUGGUGUCGAUAGUUACGGACCUGUCCAUUCCAUGGGUGUCGGUAUAGGCUUUAGACCAUACUGUAACGAUAAUGUUGUCCGUGCAGGCCAUCUUAUUUCAGAUGAACCCGGAUAUUACAAGCCUGAUGCUUACGGAAUACGGCUAGAGAACAUGGUUAUCUGUCAGUACGAUCCUGAGCAGCAAAGUACUUUCAAUGGAAAGAGAUUCUUGCGGUUUGAGACUGUUACCCGAGUUCCUUACUGUAGAAGAUUGAUUAAGGUCUCAAUGUUGACCGAAAACGAAAAGGUGUGGAUCAACAAGUUCCACAAGGAGAUCUGGGAUUUGUACCACUCCAAAUUUUCUAAACGUUGCUGGGAGUAUGAAUGGUUGAAACGCGAGACGAGUCCUUUAUAA